CUCACCUGGAGUAUGCUCAGAGAUGUCUUCAGUCAAUUUGGUCGUGUAUUAUUUGCCAAGAUUGUUUUCGAUCAUGCAACAAAACAGCCCAAAGGGUUUGGAUUUGUGGAAUUUGAAAAGUCAGUGGCAGCUAGGAAAGCUCUCUCUGCAAAUCCUGAAUCACUGCAAGUCUUUGACAGAAUGUUGCGGGUGCGACCUGUUGUUCACAACAGACAGAGAGGAAAAUCCAACAGCGAGAGCAGCUCAGGAAAGGAUUCAAACACAGCUCAAAAGGCCAACCCUUGUGACUUGGAUGGUCACGAUGAACGUCUUCCAAUGACCUGCGGUACGCAAGGAGCUCCGUUUGAUAUACUGAGUGAUGAUGAGCUGGUCCUCAUCCUGACAUACCUCGGUUUUAUCGACAGAAUCAGAGUUGAACGAGUUUGUAGCAGGUGGCAGACUUGUGCUUUAAGAGCCGCAAAGACUGAGAGGCAUCUCACGUUGUAUAAAGAAUUCCGAACAUUUGGUGCUUUCUCAGAAAAUAUAUUCCACAAGAUAAUGUCAAGAUGCAGUCAAAAUCUCAAGUCUCUUGACAUUUCUCAAGUGUCCUCCAGAUUUGGCAACAGAUCUUUAUCCAUCAUUGGUCAGUGUUGCUCGAACAUUGAACAGCUGGACAUGUCUGGCGUGGCAGCAGAUAAUCAUGGUCUGGAGGAACUGGCUAAUGGCUGCAAGAAUCUCAAGUCAUUGACUAUCAAUAGAUGCUAUCCAGUUGGAGAAAAAGGAGUGGCGAAUUUGUUCCGCAAGUGCCAGAAACUGGAGAAAUUUGUCUGCAUGGAAAAUCAGAUCAUCAACGGCAAGUUCUUAAAAUAUGCGCAGCCAAGUAUGAAGACUCUUUGCCUGGGAGACUGCCACAAACUGACAGAUGAAGGUGUGAUGAACAUUGUCCAGAGGUGCCCGAAUCUACAAGAUCUGGAACUAGACCACUGUAGCCGACUGUCCCUGGAGACACUGAAUGCUGUUGUGAAAUCUCUGCAUCAUCUCAGAGUGUUCAGUAUGGGUGCCAAUCCUCCGGAUAUCUCAAAAGACCCAGCGCCGCAUACAGUUCAUCACCUGGUCAACCCCAAUCUGUUGAUCAGUCUAAAUGUUCAAAACACUGGCCUUGAAGACCGCGAUUUCUCACUGGUCUGCCGUCGAUGCGUCAAUAUUGUUGAUUUAGAUAUCAGCUGCAACAAGCUGACUGAUAAGUCGGUCACACAGAUUUCAAAUCUCAAGCAUCUGGAGGUACUGAAUGCCUGCCAUCUUCAAAACAUCACCGAUGAAUCGUUGCUAGACACGGUGAACAGAGGGAAUCUGAGGAAGCUGUUGCUCCAAGGAAGCAAAACUAUUUCUGACAGAAUUAUGCUGGAAGCUGCCAUGAAGUGCCCCCAACUUGAAGAGAUUGAUGUGGCCGGCAACCCUUUUGUGACCUAUGAAUCAUUGGAAUGCUUCCAUAAGGCUGCUGAGAUGCGAAAGGGCCGUAAAAUCCUUUGCUAUUUCACAAUGAAAACCAUCCCCAGUAGCAGUAGCAUGGACAACCGGAAAGGCAUCAGGUUCAUCGACUAUUACCGGCCAAAGUACUCCGCGAAAAUUUCUUGGAGGUGUUGGUCAGAUCAAGAAGCCUUUGAUUUGAGUGAGCAUAAUAUGGAGCUGCUGGAGGCUCGCAGUUACUGGCCCAUGAGCUUCAACAAAGUGGAUGCAACGGCUUACCGCGACCCGGACUCGGACACAGACUCUUCCGAUUUUGAGUCCACCGGCGGCGAGGACGACGAUGAAUUCCUCUUGAAUGACGAUCCCUUGGAGGCAGAACGAUUUGAGAUGUCUUAGUCUUAAUUCGAGCGCCUUUGAUUGUGAGCCCAAGCAUCAAAAUGGCGGCAACCAGUGUUUGGGCGACACUGUUGUCAUGGAACUGGGAGCCAAAUUGCCGUAAUAUUAAAAUAAAGUUAUUAUGCCCAUGCAUUUAAGAACACACCGUCGCUGUCGCAAGCAAUCCACUCAAGUUCAAAUUUUUUUGUAUUUUCGAUUUUUACAACUUCCCAAAGCUCUGUCAAAGAUGCACUUUUCAGCAUCACCAAAGUGCAGUUUAAUGCUGUGGUCAAGGCUUACUGUUUUCUUGCGUUUCAUGAUUCCAGAUAGGCACAACACGUCAGAAACUAGUAGGGUUAUAUUUUUGUCUCUGGUGUAAAAGAGUAGAUUUAUUUUGACUCUGAAGCGUUAGAUUAAAAUAAAUAAAAGGAAAGACGUCGCCACAAUCAGACAGCCACCGGAACAAUCGUUUGGAUACCUUGUGGGCUUUGGUGCUGGGGGGAACUGAGCACUUAUGGACCAGUGUGGUGUGCAAUGACAUUGUUGCCCAGGACAGGUAAUACAGGUAAUACAGGUAAUACAGCUACUCCUUUAAUUUUUGACAACGUUUUAGCAUUUUUAUAAAUAUUUUACAUGUAUACGUGUUUCACGAGAUCUUGAACAAAUUCUGUCAAAAUGUGGAAAAUAAUUCCUUGGUUAAAGAAUUAAGUGGAUUGCUUGUGCCACUGGCGACAUGUACAGUCAAGAGUUUUCCCUGAUCAGAUGUCUUAGACACAUAGAUGCCUUGGGCAGUGUCGUUGGAAUAGAGAUAAAAUGCAAGAAGGGAAGUGGGGAGUGGUCAUUUGUACAGGAGAUUGUCUUGGACAUUUGGCUACUGUAAGAGCAGAGUAGACUGUACAUGUAUUUCAUAAUUUUGGACUUUGGCCAUUGAAUAUGUUUUGCUCUUUACAGAACUGACACAGUGCACUCCACUUAGAACCAUUUUGCAGUCUCCAUCAUUUUCACUGCGAUUUUUUUUGUGGACCAAAUGUCCUCUUAGGUAGGCAGAAACACUUCCUUUAUUUACUUACUUACUUACUUUUUCCUUCUUCUGGUAUCCUUAGGAUGUCAAGGGGAGGUGCAAGUUU